CACGCGCAGCGCUGACGUCCCGCCGCCAGAUCCACCCGCAGAGUCUUUGGGAUCUCUUUUUUGCCGUUAGCCGGGGCAGCCUGAAUUCUGUUGGCACGGAAGAACGGCAGCGACGAGUUCCAAAGGCGGGACCUCGAGGAUUCUGGCCUGCCCAACGCAAGAGAAUGGCCCAUUUCUCCGCUGAGGACGAAGCGAUGCUGCAGGCGAUGCUGAGGCAGUUGUUCCAGAGCGUGAAGGAGAAAAUCACGGGUGCUCCCUCCUUGGAGUGCGCCGAGGAGAUCCUCUUACAUCUGGAGGAAACUGAUGAAAAUUUUCACAACUAUGAAUUUGUGAAAUACCUUAAACAGUAUAUAUGCAACACUUUGGGAUCUAUGAUUGAAGAAGAAAUGGAAAAAUGGACAUCUGAUCAGAAUCAGAGUGAGGAAUUUGGCUAUGACACAGUUGUACAGCAUGUUACUAAAAGAACUCAGGAAUCUAAAGAAUACAAGGAAAUGAUGCAUUCCCUGAAGAACAUCAUGAUGAUAGUGGUGGAAUCGAUGAUCAACAAGUUUGAAGAAGAUGAAAUACGAAGUCAAGAGAGGCAGAAGAAAAUCCAAAAGGAGAAAAGCAGUAGUUACUGCACAGACAAUUGCUCUGAUAGUGAUUCGUCAUUCAAUCAGAGUUACAAAUUUUGUCAAGGAAAAUUACAGUUGAUUUUAGACCAGUUGGAUCCUGGGCAACCUAAAGAGGUGAGAUAUGAAGCCUUGCAAACAUUAUGUUUGGCUCCUCCAUCUGAUGUACUGAACUGUGAAAACUGGACCACUCUCUGUGAGAAACUGACAGUGUGUCUUUCAGAUCCUGAUCCUGUAUUCAGUGACCGGAUUUUAAAAUUCUAUGCACAGACAUUUACACUUUCACCGUUACAUAUGACCAAGGAAAUUUAUACAAGCUUAGCUAAAUAUUUGGAGUUAUACUUUCUUUCUAGAGAAAAUCAUAUUCCUACUCUUUCAACUGGCGUAGAUAUAACUAAUCCUAAUGUGAUCCGUUUACUUAAAAAGGUUCGUCUUCUAAAUGAAUAUCAGAAAGAGGCUCCGUCUUUCUGGAUUCGACAUCCAGAAAAGUAUAUGGAAGAAAUUGUGAAGAGUACUUUGUCUUUAUUAUCAUUUAAACAUGAUCAAAGCCAUCUUGUCUCACAAAAGAUUUUGGAUCCUAUAUACUUUCUUGCAUUGGUUGAUACCAAGGCUGUGUGGUUCAAAAAGUGGAUGCAUGCAUGUUAUAGCAGAACUGCAGUACUAAGACUUCUUGAAAAGAAGUAUAAAUCUCUGAUAUCUACAGCAGUUCAGCAGUGUGUUCAGUACUUUGAGUUGUGUGAAACCAUGAAAGCCGAUGAGGUUUUGGGACAUUCAAAGCCUUGUGGGAAUGAGCAGAAAACUUUCUACUACUCAGGAAAAGAAUUACAAUAUAUUUAUUUCGUUCACUCACUGUGCCUUUUAGGAAGAUUAUUGAUCUAUACACAAGGCAGAAAGCUAUUUCCUAUAAAGCUGAAGAAUAGAAAAGAUUCAGUAUCCCUUACAGAUAUGCUGGUUCUGUUUACCCAACUUAUCUAUUACUCACCAAGUUGUCGAAAGAUGACAUCACCUGGUCAUUUAGAGAAUUACUCUCCUGCAAGUAUGGUAACUGAAGUUUUAUGUAUACUCUGUGAUCAAAAAGAAUGUGCAGUUGAAUGCUUAUAUAACAGCACUGUGAUUGACACACUUCUUCAGCCUAUUCAUAACUUAAUGAAAGGAAUUAAGGCCGCUCCAAAUUGCUCUGAAACAGCUUUAAUUCAUAUAGCUGAUAUUUUGGCGAGAAUUGCAUCUGUAGAAGAAGGACUUAUCCUACUACUUUAUGGAGAAAAUAUGAACUCUUCUGAAGAAAAAAGUCCCACAGGUGCUCAUAUAAUUGCCCAGUUUUCAAAAAAACUUCUUGAUGAAGAUAUUUCUGUUUUUUCUGGAUCGGAAAUGUUUCCUGUGAUUAAGGGAGCUUUUACUUCUGUGUGUCGUCAAAUAUAUGGUACAUGUGAAGGCUUGCAGGUGUUAAUUCCUUAUAGUUUGCAUGAAUCUAUGGCAAAGGCAUGGAAGAAGACAAGUUUGCUAUCAGAAAGAAUUCCUACUCCAGUAGAGGGUUCUGAUUCCGUUUCUUCAGUAAACCAGGAAUCCCAGAACAUUAUGGCUUGGGAAGAGAAUUUGUUAGGUGAUUUACUAAAUUUUGCUGCCACUCCCAAAGGACUACAACUUCUUCAAAGAACAGGUGCCCUCAGUGAAUGUGUGACAUUUAUGUUCAGUCGAUACGCAAAAAAAUUACAGAUCAGCAGGCAUAAAAAGUUUGGCUAUGGAGUUUUGGUUACACAAGUGGCAUCAACAGCAGCAGGUGCAAAAGCACUACAAAGUUCAGGAUUUAUUAAUGCACUUCUAACUGAAUUAUGGGCCAGUCUGGAAUGUGGAAGAGAUGACGUUAGAGUAACCCAUCCCAGAUCUACUCCAGUAGACUCUAUUGACCGAAGCUGUCAAAAGUCUUUUCUAGCACUGGUGAACCUUUUAUCUUAUCCUGCUGUUUAUGAGCUGGUAGGCAAUCAAAGUCUUCCUAAUAAAGCAGAAUAUUCUCUUCGUGAAGUCCCAACAAGUAUUAUCGAUAUUAUUGACAGGCUCGUAAUUUUGAAUUCUGAAGCCAAGAUUCGUUCUUUAUUCAGCUAUGAACAAUCACACAUCUUUGGUCUAAGGUUAUUAAGUGUGGUAUGCUGUGAUCUAGACACUCUUCUCCUGUUGGAGGCUCAGUAUCAAGUAUCUGAAAUGUUACUAAAUGCUCAAGAAGAAAAUACCUUAGAGACUUCUGAUGGUCACAGAGAUUUUAUAAUUGAUAGCUUAUCAGUAGAGAGAAAUCAUAUUCUUGUUAGAAUAAAUCUUAUUGGUGGGCCAAUGGAACGGAUUUUGCCUCCAAGGAUACUAGAGAAGGGUGAUGAUCCGUACCCUUGGCCAAUGUUUUCAUCAUACCCUUUACCAAGCUGCUAUUUGUCAGACUGUAUUACAAGAAAUGCUGAUCUAAAACAAGAUGGUGAUAUUGGCAAACUUUUAUUGCACUUCAAAAUGGCUGAUAAACAAACUGAGUGGUUAGAAAACUGCCAAAGACAAUUUUGCAAAAUAAUGAAGGCUAAACCUGAUAUAAUCAGUGGAGGUGCUUUAGUAGAAUUACUUGAAAAAUUUGUGCUUCAUCUCUCUGAAAGCCCAUCUGAAUGCUGCUUUCCCUCAGUGGAAUAUACAGCUACUGAUGUAAAUGUGAAGAAUGAAAAUCUUUCAUCUGUGCAACAGCUUGGCAUUAAAAUGACUGUCAGGUAUGGCAAGUUCCUCAACCUGUUAAAAGAUGGUGCAGAAAAUGAUCUUACCUUGGUUUUAAAGCAUUGUGAGAGAUUCCUGAAACAGCAGCAAACUUCUGUAAAAUCUUCUCUUCUCUGCUUGCAGGGAAGUUACACUGGCCAUGACUGGUUUGUAUCUUCUUUGUUCAUAAUAAUGUUGGGGGACAAAGACAAAACAUUGCGAUUUCUUCAGCAGUUCUCCAGGCUUCUGACUUCUGCUUUCCUUUGGUUGCCAAGACUACAUAUUUCUAGGUAUCUACCUAUUGACACUAUAGAAUCUGGCAUUCAUCCUGUAUAUUUUUGCAGCACUCACUAUAUUGAAAUGCUACUGAAAGCGGAGGUGCCACUUGUAUUUUCAGCUUUUCACAUGUGUGGUUUUGCACCAUCACAGAUUUGCCUGCAAUGGAUAACUCAGUGUUUUUGGAAUUACUUAGAUUGGAUAGAAAUCUGCCAUUAUAUUGCUACUUGUGUUUUCCUUGGUCCUGAUUAUCAAGUGUAUAUCUGUAUAGCUAUAUUCAAACAUCUACAACAAGACAUUCUACAGCACACUCAGACUCAAGAUCUGCAGGUUUUCCUAAAAGAAGAAGCACUGCAUGGGUUUCGAGUGAGUGAUUACUUUGAAUACAUGGAAAUUUUGGAGCAAAACUACAGACCAGUGCUACUGAGAGACAUGCGGAACAUUAGAGUGCAAAGCACAUAGAUCUUGGAACACACAAUUUAAUUUUAUGUUUUAUUUAUUUUUAAAGGAGAUAGAGGGACUUGAUUGUUUUCUGUGUCCAUAACAACACACACUUUAUGAAUACACAAUAUUGUAAAUCACUAGUGAGACUUUUUGAAUAUAAUAAUACAUUCAAGUAGGUAUCAGCUCAAUUGAAGUGAAUUCGUUUUUGUAAGUUUGUUGUUGUUUAAGGUUGUUUUAGAAUGAAACCUAGCUUACUUACGUUCUUUAUGUUUAAGAGUUAGUCUUAACCUACAUGGCCUUCUUCCCAGGAUGAUUAAAAUAUUUUUUCCAGUGAGUUUGGAAAGUAGUAGCAAUAUUGUAAAUAAUUGACCAGCCAGAGAGGGUCCAUAGAAACAAGGAAGACAAUUGUUUUCUUCAUUUUUAUGUCUGUACGUAUAAAGGAAAAUAGGCAAAACCAUAACUGCUUAUUUUACGUAUGGAGGAACAAAUGAUAUUUAUCAUGGCAAGUGGUAGGAAAAUUAUGGUCAUCAGACAUAAUUGUUUUUCUAGGAAUUGCUCUUGAUACCUAUAUCAAUUUAUAAUUUUUCAUGUGAAAUGUCUCUACAUGGUUCAUUUAAAAGAUAGAUUGAUUAUUUCAUACUGAUACGCAUUUAACUCUUAUUUGUUAUGUGGUUUCCUCAGUGAUAGAUUUGAUUUGUACCGAAAUUGAAAACAUUAAAGAGAAUAGAUUUGUAAAUUAUUUUAAAUGACCAACACAAUGUUUUAUUUAAAUAGAAGGCUCUGCUCCAUUGAGAUUAAUGCAAUAUGCUAGGGUCUAUUUUCUUAUAACCGUCACAUUUAAUAUAUGAAAGAUAAGACACAAUAAUAUUAUUAAUUUUUCAGUCAGCAAUUUCAACAAGCUUUUAAAAUUAUAGGUAGAGGUUGUUUUGUAUUCAGUGUUUAUAUUUAAAUAUAAAUCAACCAUUAAAACCAUUCUGAAGGCUUUUUUCUUUUCAACCAAAAAUGGCUUAUCUACAGACUCUAUUUUUCCUUUUAGUAUGAUGAAAUAACUGGUACCAUACAAUUUUCAGUUUUGUGAUAUUUAGGAGAUUGCAGUAUCAACCUUCCAAAAUCAGGUUUUGUGCUGUAAAUGCCAACAAAAGCUUCUCAUUAAUGGUGCUCCUAAAGGGCAUUGAAAAAGUUGAGAAAAGAAAAUUGAGCAAGUUAAUUUGACAUAUUGCUCACUUUAGCUCUGGCGGAUAUGAGCUAGUAAGAAAGCCCCAGGUUACUCAAAACACCAAGUUUUGUCUACUUUCAAACUUAAUUUUGAAAAGCUGUUCCAGAGAACCUGUAAUACAUGUUUCUCUUUCUUCUCAUUCUGUUCCUGAGAUAUUAUUAUUGGUCCUCAGAAACUUGAAGCUUUAUUUCUUUUUAAAAGCUCUUACAUGGUAAUUGGAAAUGCAACUGGAGAAGGAACUGUAAUUUAAUUUUAUGAUAUUCAUUGGUGAUUUUGAUUGGAAACUGAAGUAAGAUUUAGAUAAUAGUUACAUUUUGGAAAAGCGACUUCAGCUGGAGCCAGAAGGCUUUCGUUUUCAUUUGUUAAAUAUCUUAUGAACAAUGACUUAGCUAUUUGGUGAAAUGAAACAUCAAGUAUGGUAGGUUUUGUAGCUACCAUUAUGAAUUAUUUUGUACCUAUUUUUAUUUUAAGAAUACUGUUUAGAGUAGAAAUACAGCCCUCUCUUGCCUCUCAGUUUUAUUUUUAAUUAUUUAAAGUAUAAGUUAUUAGGACUUCUUUCUAAUUUGUGAAGGAGACUUUAUACAUUUUACAGGAUUUUUUAUAAUUAUAUUUUAUACAAUGUAAACAAAUUUGUGAAAAAUUUGUGUUCAUAUAUACAUCUUCAAAUAUCUAUUUUCAAAAUAUCAUCUUUGUAGUUUUGCCUCUUCAUGUUUAGGCAUCUAAAGAAUCUGUGAAAGUAAAUUAAGUCUCAGAAAUUCAUCUAAACUUGCUAACAGGAUUCUACCUAAAUUUAUGAUUAUUAAAUUAUGGUGUAUGCUAGUUUGAUUUUCCAGUUCCAAGAUGUUAAGGAAAUAUUUUUGGUCAUUCAUUAUACAGACAUAUUGUGAGUAAAAUGAAAUAUUUUUAAUAUUCAAGAUAGGAUAAAUGAAACACAGCGCCUCCAGAAAGUUCACUGUCUUUGUGGGAAGGUGAAUAGUUUUAAAACUGAAAAUACAGUUAUAAAGAUAAAUGAGAACUGACCUCUGAAUUUGUUGAUCUUGAUAAGAGUAGUUUUGAUGGAGUAGUGAGAGCAAAAGUUUGUUUGGAGCUGGUUUAAAUGAUGCUGAAAGGAAAGAUUUUGGAAACUGCUCUUUCUAGGAGUAUUGUUGUCACAGGGAAAGAGAAUGCAUGUGGUAGCUAGAGUAGGCAUGGGAUCAACAGACUUUUUAAAAAUGGGAAAUGGAAACGUUUAUAUGUGGGCAGAAAUGAUGCAGUAAGGAAGGAAAAACUGAUGAUGCUGAAAAGAGAAAUGCUGGCGUGACUGUCAUGAUAAAAGGUAGGGGAAUGGUAUCUAGUUAAUAAGUUUUGGAAUUAGCCUUUGCCUGGAACAUGGACCCUUCAUUCAAAGUAACAGAAGAGGAGAGUUUAAAUGUGCACAGACACAGGGUGGACAUUGCUGGAAGUUAUUGUUCCCUAUUUCACUGAGAAAACAAGGUCAUCAGCUAUGAGGAUGGUAAAACCUGAUAGGUUUUAGGAGAUUAAGAGUAAGUGAAAUAGUUGUUUAGGAUAGUGGGAGAGUAAAUAGACUAGGAAAACUUAAUUGUGACAGUGGUCAUGAGAUGAGUUAGCAAAGCUGUAUGUUUUUCUCUAGCCACAUUUCACUGUGAAGGGGCAGGCAGUAGGUUGUGAAUUGGUUUUAACCAGGGAUUUGGUUUAGCCAAGAGAAUGAUGACAAAGCAAAGGAGGCACGAGGGAGUUGAUAUAUGCAAGUGAAUUGUUAUAAUAUUGUGACCAUGGCAAUUAAGCUAGAUCAAAAGAAAAUGGAGACAGGAGAGGGAUAUGAUAGAUACAGAGAAAAGUUGAUAAGAUCGAUUGAUUUUAGUUUCUCUGGAGAGGAAGGUGAGACCAUUACAAUUAGCAGUUAAGUAAAAUGCUUAAAAUUGAGAUUUUGGAAGAAGAUGACCAUGAUAGCUAACAGAGAGUGGAGGAUGAGAUCACUGAAGGAAAGGGAAUCAGGAGCUGAGAUUCCAAAGUAUUGGAAGAAAUAUCUUUUUGGAUGUUGAAGUUACCAACAUUUUCACAAGGAAUUGUUUUGGAUAGCUUGAAAAUGACCCAAAAGUUAAAAUUCUCAAGGAUUAGUCUAGAAAAAAAGAAAUGAUAAGUGGAAAUCUGAGAGGCAAAAUCAAAUAGAAAUCAAAGACAACGGUACACAACCAUUGUUAUUUUAAUAUAUCUAAUUUGUAAAUAAAACAAUAUCUAAUUUUUUGAAAACUUUGGUUAGAUAAACAUUUCUUACACAAAAACCACAAACCAUAAAAGAAAAAAUUGAUAAAUUUUGUAGAUAAUUUUCUUCAAAAUUUAAAAAGGAAAAAAGAAAAAAAAGCUCUUUAGAAGUACUCUCAAAUAAAUGAAAAGAUAAGCUACACACUAGGAGAAUAGAUUUACAAAAUAUAUAUCUAGUACAAGAGCUGUGUUCACAUUAUAAAAAUCUGUAAUCACUCAGUAAGAGAACACAUAACGUAACAGGCAAAAUAUUUUAACAAACACUUCACUAAAGAAGAUAUACAGAUGACAGGCACAAAAGAUGCUCAUCAUUAGUUAUUAGAAAAAGCAGAUUAAAAUCUCAGCAGAUAAUAAAAUAUAAGGGUUGGCUAGGAGGUAUAAUAACUGGGACUUGUACUUUAUUCCUCAUUUCUUUACGAAUAAAAGUGCAACAGUCCUUUUGGAAAUUUGACUUUUUUUUUUUAAGUUUAACACACAAACUUUGUGACUUAGCAAUACCCCUUUCUAGGUAUUUCCCUUAAAUAAAAUAUAUGUCCAUACAAAGAUUUAUACAAAUACUGAUUACAGCUUUAUUCAUAAUAGCUCCAAACUGAAAACAACCCAAACCUCAGCUGGUGAAUGGAUAAACAAAUGUGACUCACCCAUAAAGUGGAAUACAGCUCAGCAUUAAAAAAUAGCUACCCAUAGAUGUACACAAAAUUUUGGAUGAAUGUGAAAAGCAUUAUACUAAGUAAAAUAAGCCAGGCACAAAAUAUGUGUUGUAGAAUUCCAUAUAUAUGAAAUUCUAGAAAAGGAAAAUCAACAGUGACUAUGAGUGGUUUCCAGGGACUGGAGCUGGUGGUGGAAGUGUAGACGGGAUUUUCUACAUAGAGGCAGAGGGGAUGUCUAUCAUGAUUGUAGUGAUGGCUAUGUGACCAUAUUUUUUAAAAUACUUUGAAAUAAAAAUGGGUGAAUUUUAUUGUAUGUAAAUUUCAUCUCAAUAAAGCUGACUUUAUCAAGCAAGGAUAAAUAUUACAAUAAGAAACUGACAAAUCCAUCACAAUGGAAGAGUUUCAACAUUACCAAUUAUGUUAUCUGUAGGUUAUUUGUGGAUUUCUUAAUCAGGCUGGUGAAGAUUCUAUUACUAUUUUGGUGAGAGUUUCAGGAAUAGAAAUUGUUGGAAAAUGAUUUUUCUCAGAUACUUUAUAUCAAACAAUCAUAUGAGUUUUCCUUUUUUUUUUUUGGUUUGUUAAUAUGAUGACUUAUCCACAUUUUCAAAUGGCUAUUGUAAAUAGUGCUGCUGUGAACAUAGGGGUGCAUGUAUCUAGUAUAUAAGCUUCUUAAAGACAGAGGCAAAGUUGAUUAAUUCCUGUCUCCCAGAAAUUCUAACCUAGUGCUAGGCACAGAGCAGAGUAUCAGACUACUUGCUGAAUGACAUAUAAAAGUUAUUUUGAAUUAUCACAUUGAUACAGAAAGAACAGAGUUAGAGAUAUUAAACCAAAUUUCCCCCACAGAUCCUUGAAUUAGUACGGCAGGGAGGAAAUAACAUACAAUGUUCUUGGUACAAAUAAGUUUUCUGUUUACUGUGGAAUGUGUUUUUAAUAGUUAAAUAUUUAAUAUUUAAAUAUUCUAUUUAAUAUUCUAUUUAAUAGAAAUAAUAGUUCACUAAAUUCUGUUUAGCAAAGGUUGUAACUAAAAUGCAUUAUGUGUAAGAGUUUUCCUUCUGUGUGUGUGUGCAUGUGAGUGAGGCUAUUAUUACAUAUGGGUAUUGUCUUGACUAUAACAUGCAUCUGAUAAGCUUGUGAGACCUAGCCUGAGAAUCUAGCCAUGAUUUGGAAACCAGACUACACCUUUUUGAAAUACAUCAUGCGUGCAAAUGUGUUCUUAUCUUGGAUUUACAAAAACUGACAGAUGAAUUUCGUAUUUGAAUCUGUACAGUCUCUUCCUAGAAACCAUCAGACAGUUAUAUGUCCUAAAUGGCAUAGUUCUAAAGGCAGAAGACUUAAACAUCUGAGAUGUCAAGAUCUCUCCUAGCGCAAUGCUAGGUUCUUACUAAACCUCGCCUUCCUAUUCUUUUAUUACAUAUGAUGCUUUAGACAUGAGACUAACUACAGCAUUCUUUUUGUAAAUAAAGUUUUGUUGGGACACAGUGCUCAUUUGUUUAUGUAUUGUCUAUUGCUUUUGUGCUACAGUGGCAGAGUUGAAGAGUUGUGACAGAGACUGUAUGGCUGUUAAGCCUAAAAUAUUUAUUAUUAACUAACCCUUUACAGGGAACUUCUGCCACCUCUGGUUUAGAGUCCUAAGGUACACAUUUAAUUCCAAAACCACUUUAGACAGGAUAACCUUUUUGGCUUCAUGAAUGAUGAAGCUAUGACUCACAAAGUGACGAGGAAGUCCCAAAAUCAUAUAGAAGGGAGAUAUAAUGCAGUGGGUAAAAUGAAAGUUCAGAAGGCAGACUGUUUGAAUUGAUUUAUUACAA